CAAGUGUUUUGUGUAUCUUUGUGCUUGUGUGUGUGUGCAGGGCCGGAUUAACGUAAGGGCCAGGUGGGGCUGAAGCCCCAGGGCCCAUGAAAGAAGGGGGCCCUUGAUUGGCUGAAGAAUUGCCUCAUGCGUUAUGCUUUCUCUCGUCAAUAAUGUGAAGUAUUCCUUUCGGUUCGCUGCUGUUUAAAAACAGCGGCACCAGUGCUAAACCAGAGGGCUCAGAGUGGCUAUAGCCCACUGAUCAGAUGUCCCAAUUUUCCAAGGACAGUCUCUUAUCUUGGCACCACCGUGAGAACCGCUCAGUCAAAGGAAAUAAGUCCCUUGACAGUGGGAUUGCCGAGAUGGAGGAACUUCCGGUUCCCCAGAACAUCAAAAUCAGCAACAUCACAUGCGACUCCUUCAAGAUCUGCUGGGAUAUGGACUCCAGGUCUAAGGAACGCAUCACGCACUAUUUCAUCGACCUCAACAAGAAGGAAAACAAGAACGCCAACAAGUUCAAACACAAGGAUGUCCCUACUAAACUGGUAGCAAAAGCCGUUCCUCUGCCUAUGACAGUUAGAGGACACUGGUUUCUGAGUCCACGCACUGAGUACACAGUUGCUGUUCAGACUGCCUCCAAACAGGGCGAUGGAGACUACGCUGUGUCCGAAUGGAGCGAGAUCAAUGAAUUCUGCACAGCAGAUUAUUCCACUGUUCAUCUCACACAGUUGAUGGAGAAAGCAGAGGUGAUCGCCGGCAGAAUGCUGCGAUUCUCCGUCUUUUAUCGAAACCAACACAAAGAGUACUUCGACCAUGCAAGGGAGGCCCAAAACAACAAGAUGUUGCCAUCAGUGAAGGACAACAGUGGCAGCCACGGUUCCCCCAUCAGCGGGAAGCUGGAGGGCAUCUUCUUUAGCUGCAACACCGAGUUCAACACGGGCAAACCCCCACAGGACUCACCGUACGGUCGAUACCGCUACCAGCUGCCAGCAGAGGCGCUCUUCAGCCCCAAGACAAACCUGUAUUUCGGUGACUUCUACUGCAUGUACACGGCCUAUCAUUACGUUAUAUUGGUGAUCGCGCCGCAGGGUUCGCCCGGAGACGACUUCUGCAAGCAGCGUCUACCAGCACUGGAUAUCGCCAACAACCGCUUUAUGACGUGCUCGGAGGAUGAAGACGGCCAGCUGGUGUUCCACCAUGCACAGGACCUUAUCCUGGAGGUCAUCUACACCGACCCUGUGGAUCUGAGCCUGGGCACGGUAGCCGAAAUUAGCGGCCACCAGCUCAUGAGCCUCUCCACAGUCAACGCCAAGAAAGAUCCCAGCUGCAAGACCUGCAACAUCAGCGUGGGCCGCUAACCUACGUAACUGAACCCUUCUGCUGCCUUGAACGGCACAGGAAAAAUAACCGCCUUCUCCUUUAGCCGUCCUCCUUACCCAUUGAACUUGUUCAUAAUUCCUUCUGGUGUCUGUAAAUGCCUGUUUCACACAUCCUCCAUCUGCAGUGCGUACGUUUUUCUUCAUCCAAGGUUAACCUAAACAUUAAAGUCCACUGUAGCCGACGUUACAGCAUUUAUACUUCUGUGUUCUGUCUAGGUUGCACUCCAAUAGCAUUGCUAGUUUUGAAACACUGCAUUGAUAGUUGAAGGUGGGGUUGUGUUUCUUCGCCGGGGUUUUAAGUUUAUGCCCCAAAUCAGUGUGAUGCUACUAUAACAGUAAACUUACACUCAUUCAGGGAAGAGGGAGGACGUGGCGAACAUGUAACUAAGGUUACACGCAGUAAACAGCGGUGAGUUUGGUGUUACAAUGACCUUCAUGGCCAAUCACAGUCAUUUCUGUUGAGCACGUGAACACAAUGGCAAAUCAGCGGUGUUUAAAAAAAUGCUCAACAGCGCUCAAAUGUUAGCGUUUUUAAAUUUUCAGUACCGAUCGGUUUCAAAUUUCAGUAUCCUGACAACCCUAGUAUGUGACUCCGCAAAGGCUACACAAGACCUACCGUAUGCACUUGAAACACAAGUAUAAAUUGGACUUAAGGGGAAGGGUAUGCAACUAUGUUAAUGCUACACCAGAGUGUGCACACUCAACGCAGAAGUAUAAAUUGAGCUUUACAGGUUUCAGCUUUCACAUUGCGCACAGUUGCAAUCUAGGAGUCGUGCAUCUGCAGCAGUGCUUUAAUAGUUUCCACAUCGAUUUUUGCUGUGUGGCCAAAAUUACCAGACUGAUGCAAAAUUGUUACUUUAGGCAUAUAUGCAUAAUCAAAGUUUAUGUUCUCAGUUACUGAAUGUCAAGAAAA